CACAGCCGUCAAUGACAUACAGCAGCGGUUAUUAGGACCUCCAACAGCAAUCCAACCUCCCCAAAUCUAACGGCACAAAACCAUCUCAAGACACAAACUCAUCACUUCGGAGAAAAAAAGAAUAAUUAUAACACAAACAAGCAAAACCAAACAAAAAUAAUUCAAUUUUUUUUAUCAUUAAAUUACCUUAAUCAGCUUCUUAAUCAUUACAUAUCUAUCUAACUUACAUCUAAUUACAAAAUUUGUAUCUAAUUUAUUGUGUUUCUUGGGUUGUUGUUCUUCUGCCAUUUUUUUGUUUAAUUUUGAAAGUUUUUAAGGAUUGGGCAGUGUUGAUUUUGGUGAAUCGGGGUGUUUUUUGGUGAUGGGAUUGGGGAAUAGUGAAAAUGAUGUGGCGGUUGACGACGGAGACGGUGGUGGCGGUGGUGGUGUAGGAGGAGGAGGAUGUGGGAAGUCAUUUGGGUCGGUUUCUUGUUCAAUUUGUCUUGAUGUUGUUACUGAUAAUGGGGAUCGGUCGUGGGCUAAGCUUCAAUGUGGACACCAAUUUCAUUUGGAUUGUAUCGGUUCAGCUUUUAAUAUAAAGGGGGCUAUGCAAUGCCCUAACUGUAGAAAAAUUGAAAAAGGCCAGUGGCUUUAUGCUAAUGGUUGCCGUUCACUACCGGAAUUCAGCAUGGAUGACUGGACGCAUGAUGAAGACCUUUAUGACCUAGGGGCCUACUCUGAAAUGUCCUUUGGAGUUCAUUGGUGCCCAUAUGCUAGUUUACCGCGGCUUCCAUCAUCCUUUGAGGAUGGGGAAUUUUCAUCAAAUGCAUAUCAUGAUCUUCUGGGACAACAUGCUAUUUUUGCAGAACAUACAGCUCCUGCAUCAUCAGCAACUCAUCCAUGCCCAUAUAUUGCUUAUAUUGGACCUAUUCAUCCUUCAUCCUCCAACUCUAGUGGAAGUGUUCCAGAUGGUUCUAAUUAUAAUAAUCAUUGGAAUGGUCCUUCAGCACCUGGAGAGAUUCCCAGUUCCUACGGUUUUCCUGCCAUGUAUUGGGAGCACCAGUCCCAUCCCUUGUCCACGAGCAGCACUCGAAUUGGUGGUGCUGAUCAGCCUUCAAUUCCACCAGUUACUCAAAGGCCAGCUAGGAACAGUUCCGAUCAUCCGAGAUCUGGAUCUUUCGUACAUCAAUUUGUUAACGGCCACAGUGUUAAUGCUAGAGCCGGUAGCUCAGUUAGUUCCUCGAUGAAUCCAGCUUACCAAGGAAGUAAUGCACGUGCUCGUGACAGAGUUCAAGCUCUUCAAGCAUACUACCAACAACAACCUGGAAAUUCUCCAGCAAUUCGCACACCUGUCAUUUCUGGAAGAUCCGGCAGCCACAGAGGCUUGUCUCAAGUAGGGCCAGUUGCUUCAACUUCCGAUCAGACUGGAUUCUAUUUCGUCCCACCGGGUGCAUCAAUUCGGAGCUUCCAAGAAGCAGAAAGUCCCGUGCCUGUUCGAUUUCGCGGAUGGGAAAGAGAUCACGUAUCAUCAUACCCGUCAAGUCAGGUUGAGAGAGAAUCGAGUUGGUCAUUUCAUCAGACUGCUAGCGGGUCAGAUCCUGGGAUUAGAUCCAGCAGCUACCGUCAAAGGCACAGAAAUGAGAGAAUGUCGUCACAGAAUCGAUGAUUAUUUCAAUUAUCCUUUUGGGUGAAGCAAACUACCACUAAUGAAACCAAAGUUAUGUAUGCUUGAAAAUGAUGUAUUAUGCUUGGAGUCUGUCAUUGACAGACUCAAAAAAACUGUUGAGUGGCCCUGAAAACAAUCUUUCGGCAGCUACCUGGCUGUGUGAUGAACUUUGGCAUCCUCUAGUUUCUUUGCCUUUGAGGAUAUUAAAAUAAUAUCACUUGUUGGACA